AAACGACGGAUAACCGUUUAGUUGGCCUUAUAAAAAUGCAGAUUUUUAUAUAGACGGAUACAGUUAUGGGUAUAAUUGAAUACGAAAUAGAAGAAAUACGAAAGUUGUGCGAGAAUACCGUGCCAAAUUCCAAAAUAAUCGCAUGCCUUUGUGGGGACUCGCCGCUUGUACGUGUGGACAUUCACGACAAUUCGUUGCAUCGGCAACUUACUGUUUGUUUGCGCUUUCCACCGGAGUAUCCUAAUGAUUCAAUACUAGUCGAAUUGAAAAGUCGCACACUGUCAUUAAAAUUUUUAGACAGCCUUGCAAGACUUUGCGAAAAACAUGCCCGUCAACAUUUAGGGAAACCUCAGGGAUUACAUGUGCUGUGUUUUGUUCAGCAGUAUAUACACGAAAACCCGCUUUGCGUGUGUUUUGACGAAAUACAAGAGUUGCGUCGUGAUCUCAGUGCGAAUGCAACACCGGAUCUAUUGAAAUUAAAGCAACGCCAUUCGAUUGUACAAUUAACUGCUAAGGGUGGAGAGUAUUAUUAUAAACUAAAUGCAUAUAUUCCAAAUGAGUAUCCAAAGCAGGGUGUACAACUCCAGCAACAAGAAUCAAAUUUGCCACCUAUUUUGGUUCGUUACUUGAAUGGACAGUCUUGCGAAAUAGCUAGACAGUGUGUAGAGCCCCCAUUACGUGUGGACAAAAAUAAUCAAGCUGCAUUUCAACCGGUUCCAAGUUUGUACCGCGCAUUAAAGUUUUGUUUGGAAGCUACUUCCGAUUUCGAUGUAGAAUUAUGUCCAAUUUGUGAUAAAAAGGUGCUACCAAAGGAACCGUCACAACUGGAGUUAGAUGAUACCAAAGAUGCAUUUGUAGAACGUGUAUAUUGCGGCCAUCUUUUUCACCAGGGCUGCCUUAAACAUUAUCUACAGCAACCACCUUUUCCUAAGAGUGGUAAAUUAUGCCCAGCUAAGAGACGACAUCCGCGUUCCGAUGCUAAAUUCUAUGUGGGUUCCGCGAGCGGACGGCAACCAACAGUUAGUGCAGAUACCGGUGGAAGAUGCAGCAUUCGAUUAGCUCACGAUCGCUGGGUCGUCAAUGUGAAGUUGGCCGAAUCACGGUGGGCGCAAAAACAAGCGCGUGAACGCGAAUUACAAGAAGUAUUGGAUUUUCUGAAGUAACCGUGGCUGUUUGCCUUUCUAAUAGAUGAAAACUAAUGGAGAGUGUCUCAUGGCAGUUGGGUCUGCGUUACAGGCACGCCAGGGACUGUUACUCCUACAGUCCUCCAGCUCUCCCACAAAGUUUUUGAUUUAUGAUUUUACAACAAAUAAAAUUAAUGUGCAGUUUAUUAGAUGCUUAAAUAUUGUGAAAUUGUAUGGAUAAGAUUAGAUUAUUUUUAGACUAGUAAAUAAAAAAUUUGGUGCUACAGCAAACAAUGUAUGAAAA